GAGACGAUCUUUGAUCGCAGCAGCGGCGGCUCGGACAUGGCGACCGUCGCGGCUAAACGUGAAAUUUCCAGCGCUGAAAGCGAAGAGUCGUCUCGUGAAGCCAAGAGGGCGAAAGGUGACGACAAGAAUGGCGAGGAGACCGGAAAUGAACCGGAAUGGAAAAACAUUCUCUCUACGUUCACAACGUCCAGCGUGCUGAGUGAUUCUGCCCGGGAGAAAAUCAUGUUUCUCCACGGAAAGAUAGCUGGUGAUGAGGCCGUGGUGGUCCUGGAGAAGACCCCCAUCAGAGAGGAGUCCCUGGCGGAGCUCUUCAGGGACUCCAAGCUCAGGCUGGACAUGAGGAACGACAUCUACAGCUCCUACCGCCUCCAGGCGCCCCCUCACCUCAAUGAGAUCAAGACCACGGUGGUGUGUCCGGCCACAGAGAAGCACGUGAAGAAGUACAGGCGGCAGGAGAGUUUCCUGGUGGAAGAGACGGGGGACGACUACCGCUCCGUCACUCUGCCCUACGUUCAGCAGCAGAGUUUGAGCCUGCAGUGGGUCUACAACAUCCUGGAGAAGAAGGCCGAGGCAGAGCGGGUGGUUUACGACGAUCCGGACCCCGAGGUCGGCUUUGUCCUGCUUCCUGACCUGAAGUGGGACCAAAAACAGGUGGACGACCUCUACCUGAUCGCCAUCGCUCGUCAGAAAGACAUCAAGAGUCUUCGAGACUUGUCGUCGGAGCAUCUCCCACUGCUGCGCAACAUCUUCCACAAGGGAAAGGCGGCCAUCUUGGAGCGCUACAACCUUCCGGCCAGCAAGCUGAGAGUCUACCUGCACUACCAGCCCUCCUACUACCACCUCCAUGUCCACUUCACCAAGCUGGGCCACGACGCGCCGGGCUGCGGCGUGGAGCGGGCCCACCUCCUGGCCGACGUCAUCCAGAACCUGCAGACCGACCCGCAGUUCUACAGAACCAGGACGCUGUGGUUCCCCCUGAGGGCGGACGACGGGCUGCUGGGCCGGUUCAAGGAGGCCGGGAGGCUCUAACUGAGACCACACUCUCAAAUUCAGAUGGGUUUAAAUUGUGACCUUCUUCUGAUUCCUCUAGGGUUUAUUUUUUUAAGUUUCUUGUGCUUAUUUUAAUAAAUUUUUCGUAUUAUUUGGCUGAA